AUGGCUGACUUAAUUUACCAAAGUCUUGACAUAUCGAACCUUCCGGAUGAUAUAAGGGACAAAUUGGCGGAGUUGGACCUGGAAUUAUCUGAAGGCGAUAUCACACAAAAAGGAUAUGAAAAGAAACGCACACGUCUUCUGGCACCCUACAUCGCGCAACAGCAACCGACGCAAGUACGGUCGGCCGCUGCGCUCCGAUCGCCGCCAGGGAGGACCAACAGGCGACUUACGCGGAACGAGAGCCGCUACCACUCCGAGGUGAGGCAAGAGGCAGUACAGCAAGCAUUAGCUGAAAUGCAGAAUAGGCCUAAGCCUUCGCUUCCUAUGCCAUCAAAGCGGACCUCCAUGAUGGCCAAAAGCCCGGACAGAGAACGCCAUGAUCUUUCGUCAAGCUCCGAUGAGGACUCAUGCGCCGGCGACUCCGAGCUGCCUCCGCCUCCCGAGAUGGGAUCGCCCCCCUCCCGCCGACCGGCUGCGCCUCACCCCCGCGCGCAUCCGCACCCUCUCCCACAACCGCACCAUCUUAGGGAAAAGAAACACCCGCCUCGUGAUAAGACUGACAUCGAUUUAUCUGACAUUACACAUUUACCAACAUAUAUUCAACCGGACGUAACACACACGUCGGCGGGCGCCCGCCGUGGUGGUGCGCUCAUCGCAGACAGGGUGCAGUGCUAUUCACAACCCGAAGAUACCGGCACUGGCACUGGCAGAUGGAAGGUAUCAGCCAAAAUCCAACAACUUCUUAACACACUGAAGAGGCCCAAACGCCGACCGCUGCCCGAGUUUUACGAGGAUGACGAUAUAGAGUUGGAGAUAGCGGCGAAUCCUAAAGAUCCGAACGCACCAAAACCCGAAGGCGGCACGAUGACACCAGCCGUGGGCGACCAGUUGGUGGUGCCAGCUGGUCUGCCUAGAAAUUUAGAAGCGGCUCUACAAAGAUAUGGCACCGCCUCGUUUAAAGCUAACGUCGCCACUGUACUGGAUCCGAAUGGCAAACUUAGCAAUUCCCUAACUUACGGCAAACUACUCAGCCGUUCACUAAAGAUCGCUUACGCAUUGCUCAAUAAAACAUUUACUUCGAAGUCGACUAGCGGCGGUCCGUUAACUGGCGAUAACAAUAUCAAACCUGGAGAUAGGGUGGCGCUAGUAUACCCAAACAAUGACCCGAUCAACUUUAUGUGCGCCUUCUAUGGGUGCCUUCAAGCGGGAGUUGUACCUGUUCCAAUUGAGGUGCCGCUGACGAGGCGAGAUGCUGGUUUGCAGCAAGUUGGCUUUCUUCUAGGCUCAUGCGGUAUACAAUAUGCGCUUACGUCGGACGCCUGCUUGAAAGGUUUACCGAAGACGUCUUCCGGUGACGUUGUUUCCUUCCGGGGCUGGCCGUCGUUGCAUUGGGUGUCGACGGAAAAAUUACCCCGGCCCCCUCGCGACUGGAUCCCCCCUCCGAGACCAGCUGAAGAUACACCGGCGCACAUAGAACAUACCUCCGCUGUUGAUGGCUCAGCUAUGGGGGUCAUCGUCACUCGGGCUUCAAUGCUGGCCCACUGCAGGAUGUUGUCUGUCGCAUGCAAUUACACGGAAGGUGAACACAUGGUGUGCGUCUUAGACUUCAAGCGCGAAACUGGAUUAUGGCACGCGGUGUUAGCCAGCGUCCUCAACGGAAUGCAUGUCAUCUUCAUUCCUUACGCCCUCAUGAAGGUCAGCCCGGCGUCGUGGAUGCAUAUGAUCACGAAGUACAGGGCCUCAGUUGCGAUCGUGAAGUCUCGAGACCUGCACUGGGGCCUCCUAGCAACGCGGGACCACAAAGAAAUCUCACUCAGUUCACUCCGGUUUCUACUGGUCGCUGACGGCGCGAACCCUUGGUCCUUGUCGUCUUGCGAUCAGUUCCUAUCGGUUUUCCAGAGUAAAGGUGUUCGAGGCGAUGCCAUAUGCCCCUGUGCGUGUAGCAGCGAGUCAAUGUCUGUUUGUAUCCGUCGCGCUGGUCGAGGAGGGUCAUCAGCCGGCCGGGGGGUGUUAUCCAUGUCUGGGUUAUCCUACGGUGUGGUCAGAGUAGAUGCGGAGAACUCGCUCACCUCCCUAACUCUGCAGGACUGCGGGCAGGUUAUGCCUUCGUGUGUGAUAGUUGUGGUGAAAAUGGAAGGACCCGCGUAUCUCUGCAAGACUGAUGAAGUCGGGGAGAUAUGUGUGUUGUCCGGCGCAACAGGAUCGGGUUAUUGGGGCCUACCUGGUCUCACCAACACGGUCUUCCGAGUUCGACCCUUGGACGCUGACGGGGAAGCGAUCGGCGAAGAGCACUAUGUGAGAAGCGGUCUUUUGGGCUUCCUUGGUCCUGGAGGCUUAGUGUUCGUCUGUGGAUCUCGCGACGGCCUGAUGACCGUAACAGGCCGCAAACAUAAUAUGGACGAUAUCAUAGCGACAGUCCUAGCCGUCGAGCCGAUGAAGUUCAUAUAUCGGGGCAGAAUAGCUGUGUUCUCAGUUCGCGUUCUGAGAGACGAGAGAAUUUGCAUCGUCGCAGAGCAACGGCCGGAUUGUGGUGAAGAAGAGUCAUUCCAAUGGAUGUCUCGAGUGCUUCAAGCCGUGGAUUCGAUACACCAAGUGGGUAUAUAUUGCCUGGCUCUCGUGCAACCGAACUAUCUGCCGAAGACGCCCCUGGGCGGUAUCCAUCUUAGUGAAUGCAAGCGGCGGUUCCUCGAAGGCACUUUGCACCCGGCCAACGUGCUGAUGUGUCCGCACACUUGCGUCACCAACCUUCCGAAGCCGCGGGAGAUACAUUCCGACGUUGGCCCAGCGUCAGUGAUAGUGGGUAAUCUUGUUCAAGGGAACCGUCUCGCCUCAGCUCAAGGUCGUGAUAUGGGAUAUUCUGACGAUUCUGACGCGGCUCGCAAGUAUCAGUUCAUAUCCCAAAUCCUGAGAUGGCGCGCACAAAGCACUUCUGAUCACGUGAUUUUCACAUUACUGAACUCGAAGGGCGCCGCCACGAAAGUCCUUACUUGCGCCGAAUUGCAUAAGAAAGCCGAAAGAAUUGGCAAUUUGCUUUUGGAGAAAGGAAGAGUUAACACCGGCGAUCAUGUCGCACUUAUAUUCCCACCGGGCCUCGAUCUCAUCUGUGCAUUCUACGGCUGCCUAUAUGUGGGAGCUGUGCCGGUCACUAUUCGUCCCCCCCACCCCCAGAACCUGCACACGACCCUGCCCACGGUACGAAUGAUCGUCGACGUGAGCAAAGCUACGCUAGUCCUAUCCAAUCAAUCUGUGAUAAAAUUACUUCGCUCCAAGGAAGCCAGCAACGUCAUCGAUAGUAAAGCUUGGCCUAUCACCCUCGAUACAGACGAUAUGCCCAAGAAGAAAUUACCGAUACUCUACCGAGCGCCAACCGCUGAAAUGUUAGCAUAUUUGGACUUUAGCGUGUCCACCACGGGAAUGUUAGCUGGCAUUAAAAUGUCUCAUGCCGCCGUCACGUCACUGUGCCGAUCUAUGAAGAUCGCGUGUGAAUUAUAUCCCUCGCGUCAUAUAGCUCUCUGUCUCGAUCCCUACUGCGGGCUCGGAUUCGCCCUAUGGUGUCUCAGUAGCAUCUAUUCGGGCCACCAUUCGAUUCUUAUCCCCCCCUCCGAAGUCGAGAUCAACCCCGCUCUCUGGCUGAGCGCUGUCUCGCAGUACAAAGUGCGCGAUACCUUCUGUUCGUACGGCGUAAUGGAAUUGUGUACCAAAGGCCUCGGCAGCUCCGUGAAUCAACUGAAAGCCAAAGGUAUCAACUUGGGCUGCGUCAGAACGUGUGUGGUGGUAGCGGAAGAACGACCUAGAAUAAACCUAACGAAUUCCUUUUCCAAACUGUUCUCUGCUCUGGGCUUGAGUCCGCGGGCCGUCUCAACGUCGUUCGGGUGUAGGGUCAAUAUCGCGAUAUGUCUCCAAGGUGCGUCUAGUCCCGAACCGUCCACCGUCUACGUGGAUCUACGAGCUUUAAGGAACGACCGCGUCUCGCUGGUCGAGCGCGGCAGUCCGCAUUCCCUGUGUCUCAUGGAGUCUGGCAAGUUGUUGCCUGGUGUGAAGGUCAUAACAGCCAAUCCGGAGACGAAAGGCCAAUGCGGUGAUUCUCAUUUGGGUGAGAUUUGGGUGCAGUCGCCGCACAACGCGAGUGGGUACUUCACAAUAUACGGGGACGAGAGUGACUACGCGGAUCACUUUAGUGCUCAGUUAGUGACCGGGAAUACGGGCGAGGUGUACGCGCGUACGGGGUAUCUGGGUUUCUUGAGGCGGACGGAGAUAAGCACCAGUGGCGGUGGCGACGACAUGUCGUUGAUGUCACGCGACAGUGACACUGAAUCGCUGGCGUCCGCCUGCGGUAGUAUGAGUGGUCUGAUGUCUGACUCGCACGACACGCACGACGCGGUCUUCGUCGUCGGCGCCCUGGACGAGACGAUAAUGCUCCGGGGCAUGCGCUACCACCCGAUCGACAUUGAGAACUCCGUAAUGAGGUGCCACAAGAAAAUCGCUGAAUGCGCCGUAUUCACCUGGACGAACCUUCUCGUGGUCGUCGUGGAACUGGACGGCAACGAUAGCGAGGCUCUUAACCUGGUACCGCUGGUCACCAACACGGUCCUGGAAGAGCACCACUUGAUCGUCGGCGUCGUGGUCGUCGUCGAUCCGGGCGUGGUGCCGAUAAACUCUCGCGGCGAGAAACAGCGGAUGCACCUCCGGGACGGGUUCCUCUCCGAUCAAAUAGAUGCCAUUUACAUCGCAUACAAUAUGUAA